AUGAACCUCCCCGGGACUUCUCUAGCGGCAACCGGCAUUCAUGCUGUCGUACCGGUCGCGGUACUGUCGCCCAGCCAGCAACGCACGGGCGAGGAAUUGGCCAAGCUCCGUGCUGAUGCACGAUCUGGACUUCGCUUUGAAGACUUGCUCCUCCCCGGCGCGGCAACGACCGUAGCUUGCGACGUGUCGCUUGGAACACCGCGCCCGUUCGUUCCAGUCGCCCUGCGUCGGCAAGUGUUUGACAUGCUCCACACAUUGUCUCAUCCCGGAGUACGGGCCACACAGAAGCUCAUCGCUGCCCGCUACGUGUGGCCACGCAUGCACGCCCACAUCAAGCAAUGGGCGCGCUGCUGUCUCAAAUGUCAACGAGCUAAAAUUCAUCGUCACACCUACGCGCCCGUGGCCGCCUUCCUCCCGCCUGACUCACGCCAUCGACCGCUUCACCCGGUGGCCAGAGGCAACACCCAUCCCGGAUAUCACCGCUGCCACAGUGGCGGCGGCAUUCGUGACCACCUGGAUUUCGGGGUACCCUCCACCAUAACGACAGACCGAGGAAGGCAAUUCGAGUCAUCUCUUUUUGCUGCCCUCGCCACGCUCCUCGGCGCGCAACGUAUCCGCACGACCGCCUACCAUCCGUCAUCCAACGGCCUCGUGGAGCGAUUCCACCGCCACCUCAAGGCCGCAUUGAAGGCCCACGUCAACCCCACCGCCUGGACGGAAGCCUUGCCGGUGAUACUCCUUGGACUCCGGUCCUUUUUCAAACCCGACUUGGGUUGCACCUCGGCCCAACUGGUCUAUGGAACGACCUUGCGGCUUCCAGGCGAAUUCUUCGCACCACAUCCCACCGGGACCAUUCCCAAUCCCACGGACUAUGUCUCCCGCCUUCGCGAUGCCUUCGCCGGUGUCCGUCCUGCACCCACGCGCCUGGGCUCCGCCACCAAGGUGUACGUCCAUCCGGACCUCUCCACGUGCACGCACGUCUUUGUGCGCGUCGACGCCGUUCGGAAACCCUUGCAGCCCCCAUACAACGGUCCCUACCUCGUCAUCGCUCGCUCUCUGAAGCAUUUCAUGAUCCGCAUCAACGCGAAAGCAGAGGAGAUGUGCAUCGAUAGGCUCAAGCCGGCCUACACAGAGUCGCCGCCAUCAACCGACGUCAACCUUCUGAAGACCGAUGAUUUUUCCCCUGCCAGCCCCCCCUUGAAGCCCGCCAAGCGCAGUCUGCGGGUCUCAUGGGCGCCUAAACUGUAUUAA